AUGGACCUUGGCGCCUACAUUCUCUCACAAAACCGGAUUCCCGUGGACGAUAUGGCGAAUCAAGAGUGCUGGAAUGCCUCAGAUGAUAUGACAGAAAAAUAUCGGGAUCCUUCAGAAGAUGUCGAAACUGGCGCUGUAUCACCUGAAUCGAGCGGCUCUGAGAAAGUUGAAAUUACUCAGAAUGCUAGUAAAGAUACCAAGCCUGGAUUCUUUCGGCGAAGUUACAAUAGCUUCCGUGACAUCUACUCUCCAACCGAUGAGCCACCUUUGGUCCUCCCCACAUGCCCGAACGAUGACGAGAAGCUCAGUUACUUCAACAUGGGCCGUAUCACCUUCUUCUCCUUUGGUAUAUUCUCGUUUCUAGCCCUCGGAGCUGGAAUGUGGCUCUUCACCAUCACGGCACCGUACUAUUAUUGGUUCGGGCUUUUCGCCUUCAUUAACUGCGUAUACUUGUUCCUGUCAUACGGAAUUGGUCUUAUAGGAAAGGACUAUGACUACAAGGCACAUCUAGCCAGGUUGGCUGCCCACCCAAUAAGAGAGGAAACCGCGCCCACGGUCGAUAUCUACUUGCCUUGCUGCCACGAGCCCCUCGAGAUUCUAGAGAACACCUACGAGCACAUCAUCAAACUAGACUAUCCCGCCUCCAAGCUGAGAGUAUACGUCAUGGACGACGGCAACCUCGAAAGCGUCCGUGAGCUCGCUAGGAAGUACGGCUUCAUGUAUCACGUCCGGGACGACCGGCCGCAUCUCCGGAAGGCAGGGAACCUGCGAUGGAACUUUACCAGCACCCAUGGCGAGUUCUUUGUAAUCUUUGACGCAGAUUUUUGCCCCCGUCCGGAACUCGUGAAGGAGCUCAUCGUGGAGCAUCUUGACGAUGAGAAGAUAGCAAUUGUCCAAACCCCUCAAUGGUUCCGCUCCACAUCAGAUCAAACAUGGGUAGAACAAGGUGCUGGCGCUACGCAGGAGUUGUUCUAUCGUGUCAUCCAAGUGAACCGAGACAGACUGGGCGGCGCUAUCUGUGUCGGCACGAAUGCCAUGUAUCGGCGGGCUGCUCUUGAAGCCGUGGGAGGUACCGCAGAUAUCGGGCACUCUGAAGAUGUUAGAUACAUGCCACUAUGCCUAGCAACGGGCAUCUGUCCAAAUAGCCCAAGGGCUCUUUUCUCGCAGCAGAUGCGGUGGGCCACGGGAAGCACAACACUGUUGUCGAAUCCCGCAUUCUGGAAAUCUAACCUAACGCCAAUGCAGAAGUUGUGUUACUUUUCCGGAUUUCUAUAUUACCUCUGCAUGUCUCUGAACCUCAUCAUUGGCCCAGUUCCCGGGGUUCUCCCCCUAGCCCUACGGCCCAAGUGGGUGAAAGUGUGGAAUGCCCUCCCAUCAUAUAUCUACGGCCUCGCUAUCCUUCCACUGUGGGCCAAGGGCAACUACAAAUUCAACGUACAGCCUGUGCUGACGCUCCAAUCCCAUGCCUACUUGAUGGCGAUCAAGGAUGGCCUGUUCAAGAUCGAUGCCCCCUGGGCCGUGUCAGGGGAUGCCAAGGCCCACAAGUCUGAUAAACACCGCAACAUGCGUAUCUUCUGCUGUAUUUGGGUCAUUAUCGUAACCGGCGCCAUGAUUGGUCUGGGGGUUUGGCGCUUGCUGCCGGGAGGAGGGCUGGAUGCGUGGUAUGAUCCCUUGCCGCUGUUCUUGUUCACUGCGUACAACUUAUACAAGACUCAUUUCUUUGUGUUUGCCAAUUGGUGA